UAUCAUUACUAAGCAAAAUGGCAGCAAACAUGGAUGUCUCAGGAUGUACUGAAGUAUCUCUAGAUAAGAAGAACUAUGGAGUUCCUGAUUUCAUGGCUGAAGGACCUACUGGAGUCAAAUCAGGCAUUGUUUCAUCUCAUCCUCUAGAGAAAUCAGAGAAGAAUUUCUGGAAGAAUCAGCAGGAACAGGAGUUUGCCAAUUUGAGGAAGCUCCAGGGAUUGCACGCACCUCUCCGGCUCAUGAUGGAGCGCAGUAUAGUCACACAGUCUGAGAGCCCUAGUGUAUUCCCAUCAUCUAAUGCCUUGGCAGAUGCUCUAUCAGGAAGAGAUAGCAUCAUUGGAUUCGAAGAUAUCCUCAAUGUUCCUGAAAACAGCGAGAUGAUGGGCAAUGCUCAUGCGAUGUAUGAACGCAAGAUGGGUAUCUUUUGAUGAAGAGUGUAUCAACACAAGAUGGAUCACUUUAGAUGGGAUGGUAGCAGGACCUGGCUAUCAGGCAGUUUCUGUAUUUAAUGUUUAUUUGUAAAUGACACGUACAUGUAGAUUGUAGCACCCAUGUGAACAUGAAUGUAAGUCUAUAGGAUUUCAAGAUUCUUUAAAGAUACUUAGGCAGAUUAAAAAUAUCCCACAUUGUAUUUAAUAACAUUACUUUGAUUCAGUAAUGUUUCCCUUUUAUAAACCAGGUUAUAUGUUCUGUUGACAAGGUUGUUAAUUUUUGUAUGCACUAUAAAGAUCUUUACUCUGGAUCACACAUUCUAACGAUAAGUGUCACCUACUGAUACUAGAAUGAACAUGUGAAGACGUCCCAUACAUUGUAGUGUAGUUACAGUUUAUAAAAAGCUUUGAUGGACGAUCCUUUGGAAAUUCCAGAGACAUAAAAAUCCAUCUGGUUUGAGGAGUUUUUUAACAUCAUUUGACUUUUAGGCUCUCCUCCAACACAUUCAGUGAAGCCUAAUGGAAAGUCUCAGCACAACAUAUCCCUGAGGGGCAUAGAUUGAUUUUCCGGUCUAGGUUUCAUCUAACUAUGGUGCUUCUUACCCAAUAGAAAUAGCAAAAUGGUGAAGUAGUUUUUAAUAAACUUACAAAUUAAAUACUUGUUUGCAGAUGCCAAUACCAUUGUGUUUAUGUUCUACCUGUUGAGUAUCCUACUAAGACCCUUGACUAAUUUAGCAAGGUGUUUUCUAGUCGUCUAUCAAGGAGGAAUGAGUCGUUAUACACACCCUUUCCUUUUGCUAAAAGUGCAUAUCUAUGCGGUUUUGAUGCAUAUCUAAGCAUUGUCCAUCUGUAAUGAAUGUGGAACAAUAAAUAGGUUUUUUUUUUUUAAUAAAGAUAGGAAACAUCAUCCCUUGUCAUGUAGAAAGAUCCCUUGUUCUCAUGUAAAAAACCAGGUACAUUAUGCAUUUUAAGCAUGUUAACAACAUUGACCUUUCUAGACAGGUUUCCAUAAAAUAGAAUAUGUUGAACACAUUAUUUUAAUUUUGUUCACCAUUCUAAAGAUGUUGAAAGCUAACCCUGCUGAGUCACGUAUACAGCAAAGUCUCAGCUUUCUCAAUUGCAUCAAGAGAGGGGGUACUUCCACUUUUUGAGUCUGGUUAGAUGCUUUGUGUAUGGGUCAUUUUUGUUCAUUUUAUUUCAAUGAGAAGUAAAAUGUAUUGCUUUGUGUUUUAAAUGUGAAUGAAAUUCCAUAGGUGUUCUGUCAACCUAUUUCUUUUUUCAUUUCACACAUUGUAAAUAACUUAAUAAAUCAUUAAAGAUGAAAAUGUU